UAAGGUUACUGCCUAUAAAAUGGUGUUUUAAUGGGUGUCCACUCUCACCCACCGCUUCCUUGACUGGUGGAAGGUCGUUAGCCAAAUGGGUAGGAUAGGUCAUUAAUUCUCAUUAAAAGUAUAAUGAAAAUACCAAGAGACUAAACACUUAUAAAUUCCCAAUCUUAGUUAUUUAGGAGAAAUGUGAAUUUGGUGCUAACCAAUGAAAUUGCACUUUGCACCUUGUUAAGUCGUUAGUGGAGCAUGUGUGGUUAACUAGCACACUAAUUUGGGACUAACAGUGCAUGACAAAGGGUAGCUUGAUGCUAAUCAUAGAUCAAUGGAGUGUGUGUGGUUAACCGACACAUUGACUAGGUGAUUUGUAACAUUAGGUGUAGCAAGCUAUUUUGCAUGGUUAUUCACACCUUGUUUGUGAUCCUCGACAUCCCAGUCACAAACCUAAAGGGCACAUUCGAGAUUUAAACAUGCCAUUGAAAAGUUCAAUGAAUCUCAAAGGAUCUAGUAAUUUCAAUCCAUUUAAAACCUAAGAUCAAUUUCAUUUUUCGUGGUGGAAAUUGGUAAAUCGUCAGUUACCUACAUUCAAAUAUUUUGCAAUUCGAUUAUGGCAUCCCUCUUCCAAAUUGUAAAAUUUUAUGUUGGGUCCUAGCCUUAAUAUUUCAUUUGGGUGUUAUAUUAAGGACUUAAAUCAACUAACUUGAAUUCCUCCCUUGUAGGUGUCUAGUUCAGACAACUAUGGUCUUCCCAAAUCUUUUGGAAUAAGCUUUCCUCGUGAAGAUGAUGUUCCACGGUUGGAUCGUGGAAGUGGAAAUCAUACUUCACUUCCUCCACCUCCUCCAAUUAUUCUCCCUAACCCACAAGCUCGAGGACUUAAAAAGUUCAAGGUCACUCAAGCCCUACUUGCAAUUAAACAUCAAGAUGGAAGACCUGUGUGUACUCAUGUCUUGGAGAUGAAGUCACAUAUUGACAAACUGAGAGUAUUGGGUGCCGUUGUCUCAAGGAAGUUGGCUGGUUACUGGGUUCUUCAUGAUGGGUUUUGAGCAUUCUAACACUUCCUAAGUGUACAUGCAACCUUAAUAACCUUGGAUCUAUGUUUGUCUAAUUAUCAUGCAAAGUUGAAUUCCAAGGUUAUAUUCCUAUCUAGCAUACAUGGGGAACAAUUUUAACUUGAAUCAUAGAUAGAAUAACUUACCUUGUUGUUGCUUGUGUUCCUUGAAACCUUGUGAGCCUAGCACCCCAAGUGUGAUGCCUCAAAUGCUUCACACAACACCAAAUGCUCUUGGAAAGACUCUUGAGAUAACACACACUUCUCAAAAUCGGCCAAGCCCUCUAGUUUCUUUUUUCUAGCCAAUUUUGGUGGAGAAUGGGAUCCUUAUAUAGUGUUGACACAUCUAGGGUUACACCAUGUAAACCCUAAUGUGUCAUGACUCUUCAUUUCCAUGACCCAUGGGUUUGUAACUCCCAUGGAGCAUCCAUGGAGCAUCCUAUGGGUAGAACCCAACUUGAUAAUCCAUGGAGCCUCUUAGCCCACUAUACAAGAUAUGAAUGAUUUACAUAAUCAACCCAUAUAUUUAAUUAGUUAUCCUUUGAUCACUUAAUUAAUUCCAAAUUAAUUCUUUGAUCAACUAAUUAAAUAAUAUUAUUAAUAUAUUAGAACUUAUAAUAUAUUAAUAAUCUCCAAGUGUUAUUUCUCUCAUUUAGUCUAUCCAAUUGCAUGGUGCCAUGCAACCCAAAUGGACCAUGCCGGGUCGGGUCAAGUACAAGCCCGAAAUAGUUAUGGACUUAGACACCUUAUCCAACACUUCAAUCACUUCCUGAGUCAUAUAGUGAGUUCAUUAUGGACUAUUAUGUGACAAACCACGACAUGAACCUUAUUGAACUUACCUAUUUGCUUGUUGCUGCUGAAUCAUCAAUUAUUUGGAUCACUGGAAAAACAAAUUUAAUUGGAAGAUAUACUUCUCAAACUUCCAUGGACAUUGACAAUGGUAAAAUUGUAAGUCCAGAAAAGAUUUCUCUUCCCAAUGGAAAGGGAUCGACCAUAGUCAACCCGGUUGACCAAAUGGUAAAGAGAAAGGCUAAGUUUAUGAUUGUCUCACGUGCCAAUGCAAAAGAAGCCAUUUGUUUCUACUGCCAUUUGAAGGGACAUUGGAAGCGAAACUGCCCUGACUACCUGAAAGAUUUGAAAGAAGGUAGAAUCAAUAAGUUUGACUCUACUUUAGGAUCAUGCAAAAGGAAGGAAGCUUAAAGGAAGACUAUGUUGAAUCUGGUCGCGAAGAUGGAUUUCAAUCGCAUGGUUCAAUGAUCGGAUUUUUGAGCUGCUGCUUAAUAGUUAUGAUAGAUUGCUUAGAAAUAUGUAGUAACAUAGUUUUCAUUUGUAAUUGCAUUGUAAGGAAUUGUUUUUCCACAUUUUAUAAAUAAAUAAAAAUUUGUUUUUAUCUUAUUAUAUCUCCUUGCAAUGGCAUUUGUGAAAAUUGAUGUUUCUAUGUUUCUAUGUGAGCA